UGCAAGUAUUGAUACAUGAAGAUUCGGGUUGAUGGCACAAGUGAAUUGGUUAAACCAUAUAGCGGCACUGUCAGGCAGUUCCAGCAAGGAUCAGGCACUGUCGGUCAAGGAUCAGGCAUUGACAAGCAGUUUUAUCAAGAAUCAAGACUAUUUCUUUGUAGAACAAGUCCUUUUAAAAAUCAUCUAGUUUCUUCAAUACAUUCAGGACAAGGAGGAGAUAGGUUUAUUUACAAACCUUACAAGUACCCAGAGAAAUACAGAGAAAUUAUUCAAGACGCAUCAGAGAAAAGGAUGUCGGUCAGGUUUGAUGGAAGGGUUGCUCUGGUCACAGGGGCAGGAGGAGGUUUGGGAAGAUCAUAUGCACUGUUGUUGGCUCAACGAGGAGCUAAGGUCGUCGUUAAUGAUCUUGGAGGAUCAAAAUCAGGAGGUGGAGGAGAUAGUAGAGCAGCUGAUCUUGUUGUCCAGGAGAUCAGAGCAUCAGGAGGAGAAGCUGUACCUAACUACGAUAGUGUAGAGGAGGGGGAGAAAUUGGUUCAAUCCGCGCUCAACGUGUACGGACGGAUAGAUAUUGUUAUCAACAACGCGGGUAUUCUCAGGGAUAAAUCCUUUGCAAGGUUGUCGGAGCAAGAUUGGGAUCUGGUCCAUAGGGUUCAUCUACGGGGAGCUUUUAAAGUUUCUCAGGCAGCCUGGCCACAUAUGAAGAAAAUCAACUUUGGUCGAAUUAUCAUGACAUCAUCAGUUGCGGGGAUCUUUGGUAACUUUGGUCAGGCAAACUACAGCGCAGCUAAACUUGGUUUGGUUGGGUUAUCCAAUACUUUAGCAGAGGAAGGAGCAAGGUUCGGUAUUCAUUCAAAUGUAAUAAUUCCCAUGGCAGCCUCUAGACUAACCCAGGAUAUCCUUCCUCCGGAGGUUUUUGAUGCAUUGUCUCCGGAUCAUAUUGCUCCUAUUGUGGCUUGGCUCUGUCAUGAGGAUUGUGAGGAGAAUGGAAGUAUAGUUGAGGCAGCAGGAGGUUGGGCAGGUAGAUACAGGUGGCAGAGAAGUAAAGGAAUAGUUCUAACUGAUCAGAGAACUAAGAUGGUUUCACUAGAGAACGUGAAGGAUGGAUGGGAGAAGGUUAUUGAUAUGUCGGAGCAUGAGUAUCCGGAUUCAACACAAGGGGCUACUAUGGAUGUUGUUGCCAGGAUUCAAGAAUCUAUGAGUUCUGAUCCUGGGCACAGCUCUGACGAAGUUUCUCCGCUAAGUGCGGUUGGAUAUACAUCUAAACCUGUUCCGUUCUCAUAUAAUUUUAAGGAUUUGAUAAUAUACGCUCUAGGGGUGGGAGUAUCCACCAAGGAUAAGCAUGGUUUAAGAUAUUUAUAUGAAAAUGAUGAAAUGUUCUCUGCUUUGCCAACCUUCGGAGUUAUCCCUGCUAUGAGCGGACUAGAAGAUCUUGUGUCGGGAAAUAUUCCAGGAUUAGAUUUUCAUCUUGCAAACGUUCUGCACGGAGAACAGUACAUGGAGAUUUUAAAACCAAUCCCAACCUCAGGACGACUUGAAAACAUAUUCCGGAUUCAGGAUGUGUUGGACAAGGGAUCAGGUAUGGUUCUGCUUAUAGAAGUAGAAACAAGGGAUGAGAAUAACGAGCUUCUCAUGCGAAAUCAGAACUCAAUCUUUGUAAAAGGAAGCGGAGGGUUUAAUGGUCCAAGGAAUUCCAAACACCUGACUCCGGUUUCAACUCCUCCAUCCCGCUCUCCAGAUAAAACCCUAAAACACAAAACCACCGUUGAUCAAGCUGCUCUGUAUCGUCUGUCUGGUGACCUGAACCCUCUCCACAUAGAUCCUGCAUUCUCUGCUAUAGGAGGAUUCUCGUCUCCAAUCCUUCACGGUCUCUGCACCUACGGGAUCGCUGUGCGACAUGUGAUAGACGGGUUCUGUGCUGGCGAUCCUGGAGCUGUGAGAGAGAUCAAGGCAAGGUUUUCUAAACCCGUUCUUCCAGGACAAACUGUGAUUACAGAGAUGUGGAAGGACGCAGACAAAGUUCUCUUCUCCUGCCAGGUUCAGGAGACAGGGGAGAAGUGUCUGACAGGAGGUUGGAUUCGGAUUCAAGGUUUCAAUAAUAGUAAAUUGUAAAUAUUCAAUUCAAAAAAAUGUCUUCAUAUAUAUUCAAAAUUCUAGCCGUGAUAAAAGACAUUUUUUGUAUUUAAUUGUAAGAUUUGCUUUAUAUGUAUUUUAUUUUUUCAAAAUAUGUGUCUGGGUCAAAUUUUCUCUGUAUCUCGACAAAGAAAAGAUAAAUAGUAAAGAGAGGAUUUAGUAAUUCCAGCUCUUCCGUGUGUUUCUAAAUGUACUUUUUUACAUUUUACCCAGAUAUCGGAUAACGGGAGGUUACAUAAACAUAUCUUUUGUUUAUAUUGUUGAUUAUUUAAAAAUAAAUGAACAAAUUUGUUAUCUA